AUGAUCCAUUGGUUGCUGAAGAAUCCUGGCAAGCCGACUCUAUUCUCUAUCCUCUUUGUACUUCACGCCUGUGUCUUUCGGCCGGUUUCACUGUUUUGGCCUGACGACAGCGUGUUUGUGUUUCGCAGGCUGGAGUCGCCAACACGGACCCUGACCUUGGAGGCCCCGAGGGGCGUGGAGAUCAAUGCUGGAGUGGGAGAUUUCUCUGCAUCUUGUCGGAAAGAUCUGCUCUUGCAGUCCUCAGACGGAGAGAUCAUACUAGAUGCCAAUACUAUCAAGCUGGGUAAUGUUCCCCUUGGUAGCGCCGUGGACCCCCUGGAGGGGGCACCUGCUGGAACUACCUACACCAAACAGACAGUAUACGAGCUCUGCGCCUGCGCUAACGGCAAGCUCUACCUAUCCCCCGCUGAGAAGGGGUCUACUUGCCAAACCACCAGUAACUUCUGUCUCUGGAGCUGAAAGUGGGAGGUUGACCAACUCCCGGGACAUAUGGACCAUAGAGUUUGAAGCUAAUGCUAGCCAACGGAGUGAAUCAACAUGGAUUAUGGCCCAGUGGAGAGCCAAUGCCAGCUAACAGACUAAGUCAACAUGGAUUGUAGCAUGGCAAGAUGAUCGUGUCCUUUCAACCAAUCAACUAAUGUGGAUUUCAGCCUGGCAGGAAGCUCAUGGUUGCUAACAGACCAAAUGAACAUGGACUGUGUCUUGGUGUGAUGCCAGUGCAGACUGAAGAACUGAAUCAACAUGGACUUGAGCUUGUGAGAGGAUGUUACUGCUCUCCCACCAAAUCAGUAUGGACUGGUCAGUGGCCGAGGCUCGUCAAGACAUCGGAUGAUGUGACAGGAUGCAAAAGCCAACAAGGAUACCAGGUGGAAUUGGUACUCAGACCCCUGAUGGACAUAGGCGGACACUCUGAUUGUGGGGCUGUUGUUGGCCUUGGUCUUUCCCAUUUUUUUAAUUGUCGCCAUGAUGGUUUCCCCAAGAGGAUUACAUAAAAACAUUGUUUUGGAACAACAACUAUGACCAAAAUGUCCUGGAAAACACACCCUUGUUUUUGUUAAGAUAAACAGUUUUAUUAAUGGACUGCAAAUCCUCGCAGACUUUCUGAGCCCAUCAGCCGACUAACACACAUCACUGAGAACUUUGGUUUAGUCCGAUGGGUAGCUAACAAAUAAAUCAGACAAUGCUUUUGUCUCGUGGGAAGCUAUGGCUAGCUAAUGGACCAAUCUAUACCAGAAAGGCCUUCCCCCUCCUCCCCCUUCAGUCUUCGACCCAAACAUUGACAUGUGACACUCUGCAGCCUAUAGUUAUGGCAUUUCAACCCCUGUUUCAUAGAGUAACUAAUGCAAAUAAUUGUACUUAAACCAGAUUUUCUCCCAUGUGUAGUUUCAGAUUCAUGACUUUUCCUUUAGUUUGCUUUCAGUUG